AUGCACCCAACAGGGUCAGUGGACAACAGCUUCUCCCGCUCUGCUGUGCAGACCCUCUCCCGGAGCCACUGCCGCAACAUCAAGCAGAAGAUCUCCCAGUGGGAGGGGAGGACACGAGGGUGCUGCAGCAAUGAGAAACAGCAGCUGAAGGACUUUGGAGUAAAGUAUGACUCUAGCUGCGACGCUGUACCCAGAGCGAAGACAGAGCACGCGGAGGAGGACAGAAGGACUGGGUCCAAAGAUCCAAAGAGCCUGGGCUUGGACUUCAGGGAAGAUGCGCGGGGCUGCUUGCAGACUGAUGACUCUGGUGACCUCAAGCGCUGUGCAUACAGCUUAGCUUCCCAAGCCAAGGAGAAAGGAGAGUUGCAAGCUGGCCUCCUUGACCCAGAGGCAAGACUGCCCCCAGGGAACUUCUACACCUCACAAGCUCUCUGGAGGAGAGUAGAUCCCCUUCUGCCUGGCAAAGCCCCAUCAGUUCCCUUGGACCUUCCGAGGAAGCGAGGGAGCUGUGGCUCCACAGAGAGGGAACUUAAAAUCAAAGGAGCAGAAUCUCUCUGCAGGGCAGAGAGGAGCUUGAAAAACAUUUACUCUGAGGCUGAGGGGCAGGAGGAGGUCCCACCACCUCCUCCUGCUGUCCCACCACCCAAGCCCCGCAGGACUUUCCGCUAUCUUGCAGAAAAGGGUGCUGGAAGCUGUAGUGAUGCCAGUGCUACCAGGGAAGCUCCCCUGCAAAAGCAGCAUGGAGCAGACUUGGUGUCAUCCUCUAACAAUCCUGAGAAGAGAAUAGCCAGCAGGAGGAUCAGAGGGAGAACCCAGAGGAAAUCUUUUGAGUUUGAGGACAUCCAGGGCUUCCGCAACCGGAUGGCAACCACCAAGUCCCACAGGCUUCAAGAAGAGACAAAUGGCACUACAGGAUCCAGGCUUGUCUACACACAGUCAGAAGACAACAUCUACGAGGACAUUAUCUGUCCUGCAAAAGAGAACCCGUAUGAAGAUAUCAGAGCGCUGCCUUUACCCCUCUGGAAGGUCCCAUCUGUCUGGAAGCUGCCGCCCCCCCGGAGCACCAGUAGGGCUCCCAAGCCUCCCCCAAAACCUCCCUUCCUCAGUCGGAAGACUCUUGAGCCAAAGCCCUUCCAGUCAAGUUUCCAAGGGAAAAUGGUGAAGGACACAUCCCUGCCUGUCACACUGUCUGAGUGGAAGCUGUUCCGAGCAGUUGAGGCUGCCAGCAGGAGAAAGAACUUACCCUGGCUGGUACUAAAAAUCCAGGAGAUCUUUGAUUCUAAGCGUGGAAAGAAGAGGGUGAAGUUGCUGAGUCCUGCUGGGAGAGAAGCACCUCCAGUGAAAGGUGAAACCAGUGGGAAUGAAAGUGAUACGGAAAAUCAGCCAAAAAGUCGACACAGGUGCCUGCUGAGGUCAGCCUCCAAGAGGAACCCACACUACCAGACUUUGGAGAGGGAUCUGAUAGAGCUUCAGGAGCAGCGGCUGUUUGAGCUGUUUGUGGUGGUGUCGCUGCACAAGAAGGCAUCUGAGAUGACCUACACACCACAGAUCAUACAGCAGUUUCCCAGCAAGACUGAACAUCCCUUCAGACAGUCAAAGGAUACUGAAGAGAGGCUAAAGGUCAUUCCCAGAUUCUGCUUUCCAGAUCCCAAAGACUGGUUUCCUGCAUCAGACCUUAAAAGUGAAACAUUUUCUUUUGUGUUGACGGGCGAGGACGGCAGCCGCUGGUUUGGGUACUGCAAGAAGCUCCUGCCAGAAGGGAAGGGGAAGCGCCUUCCUGAGGUGUACUGCAUCGUUAGCCGCCUGGGCUGCUUCAACCUCUUCUCCAAGAUUUUAGAUGAAGUGGAGAAGAGGCGAGAGAUGGCCCCAGCCCUGGUGCACCCGUUCAUGCGCAGUGUAAUGGAGGCACCUUUCCCUGCUCCUGGACGCACAAUUACUGUGAGGAGUUUCCUGCCAGGAGCAGGAAAUGAGGUGCUGGAGCUCUGCCGCCCGCUGGAUUCCCGACUGGAACACGUUGACUUCGAAUGCCUCUUUAAGUGCCUCAGUGUGUCUCACACGAUUCGGGUCUUUGCAUCUCUCCUGCUGGAAAGGAGGGUGAUCUUUGUCGCUGACAACUUGAGCACUCUGUCUAAAUGUGGCCAUGCUGCAGUUGCAACGCUUUAUCCCUUCACUUGGCAACACACCUACAUACCAGUCCUGCCAACUUCUAUGAUUGAUAUUGUGUGCUCUCCGACCCCAUUCCUAAUUGGCAUUCUCUCCUGCUCGUUACCACAGCUCCAGGACCUGCCCAUAGAAGAGGUGCUGAUCGUUGAUCUUUGUGCUGACAAGUUCCUCCAAGAGGUGUCAGAUGAAGACGAGAUCCUGCCCCAUAAACUCCAGGCUGCUCUUGUCCAAGUCUUGGAAGAACGAAGUGAAAUCUUGUCUCAUCAACAGAGUGACAUACAAGGUGACUUGCCCCUGAACUCCCUGGUCUCUGAGGCUUUUGUGCAGUUCUUUGUGGAGAUCGUUGGACACUAUUCCCUGCACAUGAACGUCACAGAGAGAGGGGAGCGCGUGUUCCAGCGGGAGCUGUUCCGCAAAUCCCACGUCUCGCGCAACGUGCGGCACUUCCUGCACUUCUUCAUGGAAACUCAAAUGUUUGCAGGCUUCAUCCAGGACCGAGAGCUGAGAAAGAACCCGGUCAAAGGCCUGUUUGAGGUCCGUGCUUUGGAGUAUUUGGAGACUAUUCCAGGGACUGAACCGACUGGAAUGAACAAAAUCCUUCGCAGUCUUGGCAGCAAAAUGAAGUUUCUCCAGAAGCGAUGA